AUGAACAAGGGAGUCGACAUGGAGGACUGGGCCAUUCUCAAAGCCGAACGAGAGAUGAAGACCAGCCAGCCAUAUCUGUUCCUCAUCAAUCAGCGCUGCCUAGAACAGCUGAAGGCAGCUGACAACAAGGUCCGGUACGGCAUCAGGAAAGCCAAGGUGAAGGUCUUCCUGGACGAACCGGACGAUAUACUAGAAGACGAAGUCGAGGACGCCAACAAGCUGCUGGACGACUUGGCGAUCGACGACAGCUCCCCCCAACACCACCCCAAUCUAAUGCCGACGGUCGUUCAGAUAAACCUGAAGCGCAGCUCCCACGCUUCAGCUAAUCUGGGGGUCCUUCUCCGGGAGAAGGACAUCGACAUCGGCCUUAUACAAGAGCCAUGGACUAGAGACGGACGAAUCUCUGGCAUGGCCAUAAAGGGAUACACAACACUAUACACAAACUCGACAGGUAGGCCGAGGGCGGGUAUAAUCGUUAAAAACAAUCUUAAUGCUCUUCUUUACCCCAACCUCAGCAACUUAGAUCUAGCAGUGGCAAGAUUAAAGGCGGCGGAUGGGACAGCCAUACUAAUAGCCUCCGGAUACAUGGCCCACGACGAACCUGCACCACCUGAAGCGUUCAAUAGGGUGAUGCAGUGGGCCGAGGAGACUAAGACGACGCUCAUCCUCGGGUGUGAUGCCAACGCAAGGCACACACUGUGGGGAAGUAAGGAGACAAACGAAAGGGGUGAGUCUCUCUUCGAUAGUAUUAUAUGUCGUGACGUCACUAUUUGUAACAAGGGAAACACGCCCACCUUCAUCUUUCCAAGUACGGAAGGAUUUCAAGGCUGGGAAGAAGUCCUAGACAUAACCCUCCAAAUGGAGCAUAGCGAUUAUAAGGGGGAAAUCCCCGCGCACCGAGGGACCCCGCUAGGAGCAGGUGCGAUGAGUGAGGAGAAGCUGCGAUCAGGCCGGGACGACGAGACCCAGGCACUAGCAGUAAUGAGAGCUGAGCAGGAGCUGAUGCGGGACUUCCAGCGACUCAAGCAGAAGGUCCAGCACUCGCCUCCGGCCAGCGCGCCGGAUAUCCACCCGGUGUCAGCGCCGCCGAAAGUGCAUCUGCCGGUUUUAUGCUUUGGCGACAUAAUCGAAGAUCAGGCAACCCCGAAGCGAAGCUGGGACGCGGUAAGCCCUGACGGGAAGCAGGCCGAAGCCCACAAGAGGCAAAAGGUCGAAGCUAAUGCCCCAGCGCUAGUCGAGAAGCUAGGAGCAAUGCUCGACGAAAUGAUUGCGAAGUUUACCGACACUAAGAGCAACAACAAGAAGGUAGUACGGCACGUCACGCAGGGGACGAUCGAUUCGAUGCAAGCUAUGAAGAAGCUGCAGCUCGAAAUCGUUGCCGCACUCGCUGACGGCCACAUCAAGGGAUCCACUACGAGUGCAAGCCAGCAGACCACCCCCACGCUGGCUACCAUGAACCCUAGUGCUGUGCCUGAAAACAGACCGCGAAAUGCGGCAUGGCAGCAGGUCAAGGCUAAACCCAGACCUAAGAAAGCAGAAGUCAAAGAUACGAGCGGCGAUAACAAUGGGAGCCGUGCAACUCACCCUGCAAUGCCCAGGAAGCAGCGCGCCGACGCAAUUAUAAUCAAAUGCAGCGCAGGAACAUACGCAGACAUGCUCAAGAUUGUCAAAACUGAGCCCUCUCUACAGGGACUCAAGGACAAUGUGCAAGGAUUGCGGAGGACAGCGAACGGUGGACUCCUCCUAAGAAUGCAGAAAAACCUGGACCCAUCCAUGCAGCAGCUGCAAGCAGCCCUAAAGACUGCCAUCUCCGGUAAAGCAGAGGUGGCGGUUAUGCAGGAGACGGUCCAAGUGGAGAUCCGCGACCUAGACGACAUGACCAGCGCGGAUGAGGUCACCAUGGCCCUGUUUGCGGGAGAAGAGUGCGACGUACCACGAGACGCCUCACCCAGACCCGAGCAUGCGCGGAGGUUGCUCGAAAAGGGCAGAAUCCGGAUAGGAUGGGUCGUAUGCCGUAUCCGAGAAAAAACUGAGCCAAAGCGAUGCUACAAAUGCAUGGGCUUCGGACACACCUCGGCACGAUGCCGAGCCUCCGACGCAACAGCUAAAGCCACACAGGAGUCAUGCUUCAAAUGUGGUGGCAUGGGCCACAAGCACAAUACGUGCCAAAACAAGCCCAAGUGCAUCCUAUGCACCCGAGGAGGCAAGCACGCGAAGGAGGCAGAGCACGCUACAAUAAGCAGGACCUGCCCAGAAUACCAGAGAGCCGUCAAAGCAGCCCAAGACUUACUGUCGCAGACGGCGAUUGAGCAGAGAAUCGACAUCGCUAUACUGAGUGAACCCUACAAGGCAAAACCAGAAGGAGUAUGGCAGCAAAGCGCGGAUGGCGGGGCUGCCAUCUGGAGCUGUGGACAGCCUCCGGAACACCUAUCGCAGAGAGCUUCGAGACCUGGCUACGCCAGGGCCAAGUGCCAGGCGACUACAAUAUACAGCUGCUACCUUCCGCCAAGUAUGCACAUAGAUGCAUUCAAGGAUGUAAUCCAGGAGAUUGCCCAAGACGCUCGGGGACGAUCCCCGGUAAUAAUUGCCGGGGACUUCAACGCAUGGUCCACCACGUGGGGGAGCACGGCAACAACUCAGAGGGGAACUGCCUUACUAGAUGCCCUGGCGACCCUGGAUGUCUGCCUUCUCAACGACGGAGGCAAAUGCACAUACAGCAAGGCAGGCCGAGAAUCAAUUAUCGACCUAACCUUCGCCAGCCCGGAGCUCACUAGGAGCGUCUACUGGGAAGUCACUGACCUCCUCACCUACAGCGACCACGCAGCGAUAGUGAUAAAGACGAGUCACUCCCUGCCGAGCCUUCCGAAUCGGCAACCUGCCUACAAAGUAGGCACUCUAAAUGUCGAGGAACUCCUAGAAAACAUGGAUGGCAAUACCAUUUCUGGCGACGCAAACACUUGCGCAGACGAGGUAUCUGCGAGGAUCAAGACAGCUUGCGAUGCGGCAAUGGAGAGCUCGACUAGAGGACAAGGAAGGCGACCAGUCCUCUGGUGGAACCAAGAGAUAGCCACAGCCAGGAAAGAGUGCAUCUCUGCGAGGCGCAGGUGCCAACGAAGCCGUGGACGGCCCAUGCAGGAGCUAUUUGAGGCUCGCUACAGGGAAAGAAAAAAAGCCUUAAAGGUGGCCAUUAGAGCAAGCAAGCGGGAGUGCUUCCAGCAGCUGUGCGACGAGGCGGACCAGGAACCUUUUGGAUCUGCCUACAAGCUCGUCAUGGGUAAGCUCAACAGACAGCCAACCCCAACAGCUCAGGAGCAGCUUGGAGCGAUAAUCUCCACCCUCUUCCCUGCACAGCCGCCCCUAAUGCCACCCAGCAUAACGGCGAGCGAAGCUAUCACCAUCAGCGAAGAGGAAGUCAUGAGCGCGGUGGCCAGUAGCAAAAUAUCCAAGGCCCCGGGACCAGAUGGCAUCCCAAACGCGGCACUGCACGCCGUAAUCAGAGCAAAUACGAGCCUAUUCACAGAGCUGUACAACAAGUGCAUCGGCGAGCGUACCUUCCCGAGAAUUUGGAAGCAGCAAAGACUUGUGCUUAUCCCGAAGCCUGGUAAACUGAACGACGAUCCUUCCUCAUACCGACCCCUCUGUAUGCUAAACACAUUGGGGAAGAUAUUUGAGCGCAUCAUCUGCAGCAGACUGGAGAGAGAAAUCGAGGAACGCGGAGCACUCUCGGGCCACCAGCAUGGGUUCCGAAAGAAGAGAGGCACAAUCGACGCGAUCCGAGAAGUGACCCAGCUUGCAGCAAAUGCGAUCGAAGGCGAAAGAUGGCAGGGUGGCACUAAGCAAUACUGCCUUGUAUGUACCCUCGACGUCAAAAAUGCAUUUAAUUCGGCAAACUGGAGCCUAGUCCUGCAGGCAUUGCAGCGCGCUGGCAUAUCUGGAUACCUGAUUAAGUUAAUAGCCGACUAUUUCAAAGACCGAGUGCUCCUAUAUGAAUCUGAUGCCGGCCACCAACAGCACCAAGUCACAGGAGGCGUACCGCAAGGCUCAGUUCUUGGGCCUAUCCUGUGGAACGUCAUGUAUGACGGGGUUCUCAGGCUCCCAUUACCACCUGGCUGCGCGGUAGUGGGGUUCGCUGACGACAUCGCACUGGUCACGGUGGAGAAGCACCUAACCGAAGUCUCUACAAAAUGCAGCCGCGCCAUCGACAUACUGAUGUCCUGGCUCGCAGACAACGGGCUCUCGCUGGCCGAGCACAAAACGGAAGCAGUGCUCAUAAGCAGCAGAAAAAUUGUAGAGAAGGUGAGCUUCAGGGUCGGCUCGACUACCAUUGAGUCCACCCCGGUGAUCAAGUACCUGGGAGUCAUGAUCGACCACAGGCUGAACUUCAAGACCCAUCUGGAAUAUGCUGCGGCCAAGGCAUCCAAAGCUACCGCUGCCAUUUCGAGGAUGAUGGCCAACAACCGUGGCCCCAAGCAGCACAGCAGGCGACUGAUAGCGACAGUGGUGACCUCGACCAUCCUGUAUGCCGCGCCUAUAUGGGCUGAUGCCAUGAAGACCGUUAGCUACAGCCGGCAAUGCAAGUCUGUUUACAGACGUUGUGCACUGCGAAUUUCCAGUUGCUUUUGCACGGUCUCGGAAGAGGCGGCGCUAGUGGUAUCGGGAACCGUACCGAUCGAACUUCUGGCAGAAGAGCGAAGGACCGGAAACUCAGGCAGCAGAACCCAACGGAGUGACACUAUCGCACGGUGGCAAGUGAGAUGGAACAACGCGAGCACAGGCCGAUGGACCCAUAGGCUCAUCCCUGACCUGGUGCCCUGGAUCCAGCGUCGCACUGGGCAGUUGGAUUUUCACACCACGCAGAUCAUAACUGGCCAUGGAUGCUUCAAGGCUUACCUGCACAGGUUCAAGCACGAAGCCAAUCCAUACUGCGACUACUGCGGGAGCGCAGUUAUCGAGGAUGCGGAGCAUGUCUUUUCGCGUGCCCUCUAUUCUCGGCAGAACGAGCUGCGCUGGAAGCAGCCACGAAUCGUCGCCUUACACCAGGAAAUCUAA